AUGACGUCGUACUUAAUCCUCCUGAGUUGCAUCAUCAAAUCUUCGAUGGCCGCUUCCGAUGCAAGGGAGACACGUAAAACUACAAGAGACCGGAUCAGUUCCAGCAAAAUUAAUCCACAACACAUAUGUUGUUCCCAUGAUUCUGAAUGUGUGUUUAUAAAAUUUUCUCUGUUGUCAGUAUAUUUUCCUAACUUGUCAAAACGAGCUGCAUUCUGGUGCAGUUGUAUCAGCGACUGCGCUCGAAGCGGGACAUUGGAGUUAGCGAUUAAGAUCAAGCCGAGAUUUUCGCUAGCUCCACUCAUCUCUGUAUUUCGAGUGGAGCUAGCGCUGGUCCCUUUCCAAUCGCUAUCGCUGGCUCCAGCUCUAGUGCAGCCUCUAACGCGACUCCACCCUGCUUCAAGUCGUUUUGACAAGAGUAUAUCCUUUGUGAGGAUUAUCGUUGAUGGAAGUCUUAGGAUUAACUUGUUGUGA